GAUUGCUACAUUCCCGUUGCCUCCGUUUGAAGGUCUAACAUGAUACGGUGUUCGUUGCUCGUCAUUGCUAUUCGCUUCUCCUUGUGGUCCCCUCCCAAAUGUCCUAUACCAGUACUUCCCGAGGUCAACAGUUCCAAUUUCAAUGGUUGAUGGGUCUGUAGCACACUUCCCAGUCCUAUUCGAGAUUGAUAUCUUGAAGAUGAAAAUCCAGUGGAGCUUGUUCCGCUGCAGUCGCAUUGGUCCCAGGAACAUGGUAUUGUAUCACAGGUACCCAUACCCUUGCGCUUGUGACUUGAGACGGGAGCAAAAGGAAGUAGCAAACAAGACGGAAACAUCACAGUACAUCCACCUGAUAGCAGCGGAACUCGCUUUCCCGAGUACAGGAACAUUUGAACUGGUAUAUAUGUGCCCGGCCGCUAAUGCUGUAGCUCGACGCCGAUCAACCAAUUACCACGUCAAGUCUUCACCACUAAACUCACUGAACACUCGUAUUGCGAAAAUGAAAUCACUCAUCGUGACCGCUGGACUGGCGCUCAUGGCUGCCUGGGCAGUGUCAUGUGUUGAGAUGAUUGAUGAGAGGUACCCCCGACUCAUCGUCCACCUGGACUCCGACAAUCCCGAUGAAGCAUCAGGAACGCAGUACGGUGGAAAGCUGCAUUGGGGCUGGGAUGGGAAGAACCCGGAUGUGAGAGGGUCAUGGAGAGUUCGUACAUCCAUUUCGGCUUUCCCAACAGCUCCAGUAUGAUGAUAUUCACGCUGACGAAAGCAGGUCUCCACCGCCGUGAUAUUCGACCUCCGACCUGCCUUGCUGCAGAAGUCCCAAUUUUGCACCGUUGAGUUCACCCUGGGAUCUCAACUCUACGACCUGGAAUGUUACGAAGACUGGGAUUUUGAGGAUGAGGAACGAAACCCAAAGGCGCUCUGUUCCUUCCAGCUCUUUCGCUUGCCUCGUGAGCUCUCCGAAGGCGACACGUACAACACAAUCGAGAACACAAUCUGGGAUUCGGAUGGCGACUUUGGACUGGAACCGCCCGUGGGUUCAGUUCAUGUGAACGGUUCCGCCUUCGAAUUCAAGGCCAGGGAGUUCCCA